ACUGCCGCCUCCUUCUUCUGCCGCUCUUGGUGCUGCUUGUGUGCUCGUUCGGUGCGGACCUGGUACCUCUUUUGUGAAGCGGCAGCUGAGGAGACUCCGGCGCUCGCCAUGGCCGACGAGAAACCCAAGGAAGGAGUCAAGACUGAGAACAACGAUCACAUUAAUCUGAAGGUGGCGGGGCAGGAUGGUUCUGUGGUGCAGUUUAAGAUUAAGAGGCACACACCACUUAGUAAACUAAUGAAAGCCUAUUGUGAACGACAGGGUUUGUCAAUGAGGCAGAUCAGAUUCCGAUUUGACGGGCAGCCAAUCAAUGAAACAGAUACACCUGCACAGUUGGAAAUGGAGGAUGAAGAUACAAUUGAUGUGUUCCAGCAGCAGACAGGAGGUGUCUUCUAAAAGGAGCCUGCUACUUUCCUCCAGAACUCUGUUCCUACCGACCAAGAAUACAUUCUCAAUUAGAAAACCACAAUUUGGUUCCACCACAUC